UCUCCGAUUGAUAAACCCUAGAUGUUCCGAUUGAUUUGCAUGAUUUUAAUCGGAACGAGCCAAGCUUUCAACUUUCUUUCUGAUUCGUAAUCCUUUGCGUUUGUAGAAGAGGUUUUUUCUCAGGAAAAACAAUGGCGGGUUGGCAGAGGAAUCUACAGUUAAUUCGUCAAGUUGCGAGAAGAGUGACGAACAGUAACGUCUCCACAGCCAAUUACUCUUCAGCUCGUAGUUUGGAGUCCCCUUUCUCAAAAGGUUACUUGCAGGGUCUCUUGAGACCAACCUACACCUCAACACCACUGCAUCAUUAUCUACAGCAAGUGGGGAUUUCGACGUCAAGAAAACUCAAGGCUGGUGAAGAGCCUGUUUCAUCACCUUUGUCAUCUCCAGCUCUGUUGGGUGGAAAAGAAGAAGAAGAUGAGCAGAAGAUUAUCCCUAAGCGUAAGAAAGUGCAGGCUGUACUCAAGGCCAUUAAGCAGAGUCCUAAGAAGGUCAACCUAGUUGCAGCGCUAGUACGUGGUAUGCGCGUUGAAGAUGCUCUGAUGCAACUCCAAGUCACAGUUAAACGGGCUUCCCAUACCGUGUACCGGGUUAUCCACGCCGCCCGAGCUAAUGCUUCUCAUAACCAUGGACUAGAUCCUGACCGUCUCAUCAUUGCGGAAGCGUUUGUUGGGAAGGGACUCUUCAAGAAACGGAUAUCUAUCCAUGGAAAAGGAAAAUCCGGGGUGAUGAUAAGACCAGAGUGUCGUCUAACUGUCGUAGUUAGAGAGACGACUCCAGAGGAAGAAGCUGAGAUUGCCAAGCUCAAGGUUCACAACUGCAAGAAGAAGCUAAGCAAGCGGGAGAGGAGGCUUGUCCCCUUCAAGCUCAUUGAGACAACUUCAAUCUGGAACCGUAGAGGCACUAAAGCCAAUCAUCGUUCCUCAGAGUUGGUACCAUCGUCUCGCUAGUGUCCUCUAUGCACCUUCUUGUUUGUUUGGUUUGACAUUGUACCGGUACUUAAUUGGAUCGGUUUAUUAUUUGCAUUAAAUAAAAUGUUGCAAGAACGGAUUAAGGUACAAUGACUUAGUAGACGUUACUUACAAA